UGCCCCGCGGCUCCCACCUCCGCCGCGGCCGGUGGCUAUGGAGCUGGGGGGUACCCGACCUGGGGCGAAAGAGCAUCUCCGACUCCGGCCGCCCAUGUCCUGGCUGCUGCCGCCGCCGCCUCUCCUGCUGCUACUGCUGCUGCCGGGCCCAGCGGCCUCCCAGUUGCGAUACUCGGUGCCGGAGGAGCAGGCGCCCGGCGCGCUGGUGGGCAACGUGGCUAGCGCGCUGGGGCUGGAACUGCGGCGCUUGGGGCCCGGCUGCCUGCGCAUCAACCAUCUGGGUGCGCCCAGUCCGCGCUACCUGGAGCUGGACCUGACGAGCGGAGCGCUCUUCGUUAACGAGCGCAUUGACCGGGAGGCGCUGUGUGAGCAGCGGCCUCGCUGCCUGCUCAGCUUGGAGGUGCUGGCGCACAGCCCGGUAGCGGUGAGCGCCGUGGAGGUGGAGGUGCUGGACAUCAACGACAACUCGCCGCGCUUCCCGCGGCCCGACUACCGGCUUCAGGUGAGCGAGUCGGUGGCCCCUGGAGCGCGCUUUCACAUAGAGAGCGCGCAGGACCCCGAUGUGGGCGCCAACUCCGUGCAGACCUACGAGCUCAGCCCCAGCGAGCACUUUGAGCUGGACCUGAAACCCCUGCAGGAGAACAGUAAGGUGCUGGAGCUGGUGCUGCGGAAGGGCCUGGACCGAGAGCAAGCCGUCUUGCACCACCUGAUUCUCACAGCUGUGGACGGCGGCAGUCCAGCCCGCUCGGGCACGGCACAGAUCUCCGUGCGUGUCCUGGACACUAAUGACAACUCUCCCACCUUCGACCAGUCCACUUACCGCGUCCAGCUUCGGGAGGACGCCCCGCCAGGCACGCUGGUGGUGAAGCUGAAUGCCUCGGACCCAGAUGAGGGUUCCAAUGGCGAGCUCAGGUACUCCUUGAGCAGCUACACGUCGGACCGGGAGAGGCAGCUCUUCAGCAUCGAUGCCAGCACUGGGGAAGUGCGGGUAAGUGGAGCGCUGGAUUAUGAGGAGGCCUCUUCCUACCAGAUCUAUGUGCAGGCGACUGACCAGGGUCCAGUGCCCAUGGUGGGUCACUGCAAAGUGUUGGUGGACAUUGUGGAUGUGAAUGACAACGCACCAGAGGUAGUGCUCACGGACCUGUACAGCCCAGUGCCUGAGGACGCUGCGUCCAACACCGUCGUGGCCCUCCUCAGUGUCAAUGACCAAGACUCGGGCCUCAACCGGAAGGUGAGUCUGGGCCUGGAGGCCUCUCUGCCUUUCCGACUGAACGGCUUUGGAAACUCCUACACACUGGUGGUGAGCGGUCCGCUAGACCGGGAGCGUGUGGCCGCCUACAACAUCACAGUGACGGCCACCGAUGGGGGAGUACCCCAGCUCACAUCCCAGCGGACGCUGCGGGUUGAGAUCUCUGACAUCAAUGACAACUCACCAAGCUUCCUCCAGGACUCCUACUCCAUCUACAUCGAGGAGAACAACUUGCCAGGGGUGUUGCUCUGCACUGUGCAAGCCACAGACCCAGAUGAGAAGGAGAAUGCGGAGGUGACCUACUCCCUCCUGGAGAGGGAGAUUCAAGGGCUGCCAGUCACCUCCUAUGUCUCCGUUAACAGUGCCAGUGGCAGUCUUUAUGCUGUCAACUCCUUUGACUAUGAGAAGUUUCGGGAGUUCUUUGUGACCGUGGAGGCCCAGGACAAGGGGAGUCCACCACUGAGCAGCACUGUGACCGCCAAUGUGUAUGUGGUGGACAUGAAUGACCAUGCCCCCCACAUCCUGUACCCUACCUCAACUAACUCUUCAGCAGCCAUUGAGAUGGUGCCUCGGACUGCCCCUGCCGGCUAUCUGGUCACCAAAGUCAUAGCCAUGGACUCAGACUCUGGCCAAAAUGCUUGGCUCUUUUACCAUCUGGCCCAGACUUCUGACCUGGACCUCUUCAAAGUUGAGCUACACACAGGAGAGAUUAGGACUACCAGGAAGAUGGGAGAUGAGAGUGGAACUACUUUCAACCUAACGGUGGUGGUCCGAGACAAUGGAGAGCCAUCACUGUCAUCUUCCGUGGCCAUUACAGUGGCUGUGGUGGACAGAGUCUCCAGAAUACUCCCGGAUACUCAGAGACACGUUAAGAGUCCGCGGACAUAUUCUGAAAUUACGCUCUACCUGAUAAUAGCAUUAAGCACAGUGUCUUUUAUAUUUCUUUUGACAAUCAUUGUUUUGAGCAUCAUCAAGUGCUACCGCUACACGGCAUACGGCACCACGUGCUGUGGGGGCUUCUGUGGAGUGAGGGAGCGCUGCCCCGUCGAACUCAACAAACAGGCCAAUAACAAUAUCGAUGCCAGGAUACCCCAUGGCCUCAAAGUGCAGCCUCACUUCAUUGAAGUGCGAGGGAAUGGCUCCCUCACCAAGACCUACUGCUACAAGGCCUGUCUGACAGCAGGCUCAGGGAGUGACACUUUCAUGUUUUAUAACACAGGGGCACAGACAGGACUGGGGCCUGGGGGUGCCCAAGCAGCCACGAGUGACAGCAGGCACCUCACAGGCCAAAGUGGGCAGAGUGCCGGGAACCUGAUUAUUCUCAAAAAUGAUGCUGUUUCUCAAAACGAGGAAUUUGAACUUGACAAAUGCAAAGAAAUAUCUGACACUGCAAAGCCACGACAGCCCAACCCCGACUGGCGUUACUCUGCCUCCCUCCGAGCAGGAAUGCACAGCUCUGUGCACCUGGAGGAGGCUGGCAUUCUACGGGCUGGUCCAGGAGGGCCUGAUCAGCAGUGGCCAACAGUAUCCAGUGCAACACCAGAACCAGAGGCAGGAGAGGUGUCCCCUCCAGUUGGGGCUGGUGUCAACAGCAACAGCUGGACCUUUAAAUACGGACCAGGCAACCCCAAACAAUCUGGUCCCGGUGAGUUGCCAGACAAAUUCAUUAUCCCAGGAUCUCCUGCAAUCAUCUCCAUCCGGCAGGAGCCUACUAACAGCCAAAUUGACAAAAGUGACUUCAUAACCUUCGGCAAAAAGGAGGAGACCAAGAAAAAGAAGAAAAAGAAGAAGGGUAACAAGACCCAGGAAAAAAAAGAGAAAGGGAACAGCACGACUGACAACAGUGACCAGUGAGGUCACCUCAUGGAAACAAGCCACUUAGCCAGUUUUUGUAAUAAUGGCAAAUCUCUCCCAUGUAGCAACUCCCCACUCCUUUCUCCUGUCUCCAUGAGCCCUCUCCUAUAGACCUCAGAAAUCUGCAGAAAGUUCCCUGUGUCUAUGUAGAUCCCAUUGAACAGGUUUUGUCUUGAAAGCUUUACUAAGUCUGGUGUUAACUCUUUCUCUCCACUCUGGCUUGUUUUCAGAACCUAAAAAGCAGACCCAAGUUUCCUUUCUCCUCCGCCGCAAAGGAGAGGCUUCCCAGUCCCGCCAGUGAGAGGUUGGAAACUCUCUGCCCU